GAAAUCCCCAUAGGUCGUACAAACACGAAGUCACGCCUCUUCAGGAAAUAAACCGGGGAAAUCCUGCUGGAACACCCAACCAGAGCUGCCUGUGCUACCGGUAUUAAAAUAAAAUGGGAAAAAAGGCCAUCCAUCACCCCUGGUAUUUAUUAUCCCGAUGACAGAUUUUUAAAAACCAGAGACCGUUCGUCGGAGAAGGUUUUUCCAUUCUUCACUCAUCUCCCCGUCUUCAAAAUAAUUCGCAGCAGGUGUCGACCCUCACUUGGCUGGCAACACCACGAUAAACCCAGACGAAACCUAUUAUCAUACAUACCCCACCACUACUAGAGGAUCUCGCAUCCGCCACACCUCAUCCCCCGUAAUCCGCAAACGACGCAAGCGCCAACGAAACGAGACGGGAUGUGCAUGAUAAAGGUCCGCCCAGAGAUUGAGGAAGAAGUAGUGGUGCCGGCGAGGCCUGUGGGCCACCACCGUCGGACGGGAAGUCGCGAUAGCCGAAUCCAGGAAACGACCGUAGUUGAAACGAUCAAAGCCCCACCGCCACCACCCUCAACCCUCUCCCUCAGCAACAACCCCGGAACUACUACGAUAAUCCAAGCUCCCGAGCCACCAGCGUCGAUAAUUGGCAGCGCUGCCGACAGCGAAAUGGUCCGGCAUCAUCACUACCCUUAUGACUCGCCGAGAGCUAGCGUCGUGAGUGCCCGAAGUCGGGACUACUACGUCGACUCGAGUGCGUAUGCUGCACGAUCGCCGAGGAGCUCGUAUCGGUACAUUGACGCGCGUGGAUCUGGGAGGGUGGAUGGGGUCGGCGGCGUUGGUGGAAGCGGAAGGAAGGAAAUGGAUUACGUGCGGGGGGAUAGGUAUGGUUAUAAUAAUUACCAUGGGAGGAGGAGUGGUAGCAUGAAUUACGUCAACCCGAGGCAUUCUACGGCUUCGCAUAGGUCUGCGCGGUCCAUGAGGGAGAAGGUGGUUGUUGUUGAUGAGUAUGGGAGGGAGAAGUUUUAUGGAACCGUGUGAGGGAGUGGAGGAGCGGGGCUAUCCCAUGAUACCCUUUUAUUUCCCCCUUUUCUUCUAAAAGAAGUCUUUCUUCAUGUUUUAUCACGAGUGUUUACGAGUACGGCGGGUUGAUGGGCGGAGCAGAAUUUCGUUGAAAGGGUAGGGGGGGGGGGGUGCGGUGCAUGGUUUCCUGCUAGGGGUUAUGAGCGCUGUGAGCGUGGUGGGCUACUCCUGUUCCUUCCGCUAGUAGUGUUGGCGUGA